AUGGGAUACAAGAAAGAUAAGUCAAUUGAACCAAUUUAUGUGCAUCAGAUUUUGAGUAAACUGGAUCCUUGUGCAAAAGAUUUAUGGGAGCAUACAUUGAAAGAUAAGGACAUGCCUAGUUUCGAUGAAUUAUGUGAAUUUUUGGAACGCCAUGCUAGUGCAUUGGAUGAAAACCCUCAACAACAAAACAAACCCAAAGUUAAUGUGUAUCAUACCCAAACACAACAACCUGUCAACAAGUGCGUGCUAGGAUGCAAUCAUUCACAUCCAGUCUUCAAAUGCAGGAAGUUUCUGGAUGGCAAUGUCGAGCAACGUUGGGUUAUGCAUGGACAAUCAAAUUGUGUUGGAAAUUUUAAAUGCAAAAAAUGUAACAAAGCCCAUAAUUAUUUGCUUCAUAUUGAAAAUGCUCAACAGAACCGAAGAGAAGAUCGACCACAACAAGUUUAUCAUACAAAUGUGCGUCGUGAUGCUUCUCCUGAUCGUCGAGAUUCAAGACCUAAUGAAGGAACAAAUCAUGACGAAAACAAUUAUAUCUAUCGAGGAGGAAAUCCAGCAACAGCCAGAGUAAAUGUGAAAAAUAAUUUGAAUGAAAAUGUGAAUUGUCGUGUGUUACUGGAUAAUGCAUCAACCAGUAAUUUUAUAACAGUAUCUUGUGCGAAAAAACUCAAAUUGAAAAAACGAAAAGCCUAUGUACCUAUUAAUGGACUAGGACAAACUGAACUUGGAUGUACAAAGGGUAGUGUAGAUGUCACUUUUGGCCCGUAUUUUGAUGAAACCAAAUUGUUUAACAUGGAAGCUUAUAUUGUUCCAAAAAUUAGUAAAUUACCAAUGAAGGAGAUUGGCAAUAGCGUUGUGAGCCAUCUUCCAAAAAUUAACCUUGCGGAUCCAGAAUUUCAAACUUCAGCUGAAAUCGAUAUCUUAGUGGGUGCAGAAUUGUACUACGAGAUAGUCGAUGGAGAAAAGAAUAUGGAUUCUUCAACCAGUCCGAUCGCAAUCAAGUCACAAUUGGGCUGGCUGAUUGGCGGCAGCAAAACAACCUCAAAGAGGGAGUUGACAAUGUGUCAUACUCAAACCAAUGAAUUGGAAAAAUUGAACCAUAGUGAAAAUACGUUGAAAUUAGAAACAUUAAUGAAAAGUUUUUGGGAAUUAGAAACAUUGCCAGCCUUACCAAUUCUUAGUAAUGAAGAGAAAUUGUGUGAAGUGCUGUUUAACAAAACUGUGAAAAGAGAUUGUGAUGGAUCAUUCAUUGUCCAAUAUCCAUUUAAAGAACCAAGAAUUGAAUUAGGAAGUUCGUUAUCAAUUGCGAUACGACAAUUUAAACAAGUUGAAAAACGUUUCCCAAUGCAAAUCCACCCCAAGUUAUGUAUGUAUCACGCCCUACAACAGUAA